GUCUUCCGCUCUCCAUCACCGUCCAACCAUGUCGGCCUUCGUCGGAAAGUACGCUGAUGAACUGAUCAAGAAUGCCAAGUACAUUGCCACGCCCGGAAAGGGUAUAUUGGCGGCGGACGAGAGCACUGGCACCAUCGGGAAACGUCUCUCGAGCAUCAACGUCGAAAACGUUGAGUCAAACCGUCAAGCUCUUCGUGAACUCCUCUUCACUUCGCCAAACGCGCUAACUUACCUCUCGGGUGUCAUUCUUUUCGAGGAAACGCUUUACCAGAAAACUGUGGACGGGAAGCUUUUCGUCGAUGUUCUCCUAGAGGCGAACGUACUUCCUGGGAUUAAAGUCGAUAAGGGUGUGGUCGACCUUUCUGGCACCAAUGGUGAGACCACGACUCAAGGGUUAGAUGGGCUCGGUGCUCGUUGUGCUGCUUACUACAAGGCCGGUGCUCGAUUCGCCAAGUGGCGUGCGGUUCUUAAGAUUGGACCGACUGAACCAUCAGAGCUCUCGAUCCAACAGAAUGCACAAGGGUUGGCCCGUUACGCUAUCAUUUGCCAAGAGAACGGGCUCGUGCCGAUCGUCGAACCGGAGAUAUUGACCGAUGGGAGCCAUGAUAUCAAGAAAUGUGCGUAUGCAACCGAGAUGGUGCUGGCUGCGGUUUAUAAAGCACUUAACGAGCAACAUGUGCUUCUUGAAGGAACCCUUUUGAAACCAAAUAUGGUUACACCUGGCUCUGAUAGCCCCAAGGUGACACCGGAAGAGAUUGCUGAGUACACGGUGACAGCGUUACGUAGGACCGUGCCGGCUGCGGUACCAGGAGUCGUGUUUCUAUCAGGUGGACAGAGCGAGGAGGAGGCAACGGUGAACCUGAACGCAAUGAACAAGUUGGAGGUGUUGAAGCCAUGGACAUUAUCGUUCUCCUUUGGACGAGCACUGCAAUCAAGCACCCUGAAGACAUGGGGCGGGAAGAAGGAGAACGUGGCGGCAGCUCAGGCAGGGUUCUUGGCACGGUGCAAGGCUAACUCGGAGGCGACUCUCGGGAAGUACGGAGGUGAUGGUGCAGGGGGUUUGGCUUCGGAGAGUUUGUACGUGAAGGAAUACAAAUACUAACUAAGCUAGCUACCGAUGAAGUAGUGACACGAGUUGGUGGAAAAACCGUGCGGGUUAUUUUAAUUUUUACGUGCAUCUUAUGUUCAUAUCCUUAUAUCACGAUCGAUACUUUGUUACGACCUUACUCUUUCUCUAUAUACAACGAUCGUUCCCCAUAAUCCGCAUGCUAUAUUCGUUCUCUUUUUA